GGAUUAACAGGAAAAAAGGUUGGGCAGCCUCGUUUGACGCGCUAUUGCUCGAUCAAGGGCCGUUGAAUCAACCGCUCUACCAUACGCCUUCGGGGCGAAGCGACACAAAAGAGCAAUGGCAGCGGUCUAGGACCAUGCGGCAGCGCCAGGCUCGACCAUGCAGCAUACGCCGCGCGGUGUCGGCGCUCGUAGCAAUAGGCGUCGGCCUGUGGUGCUUCAUGCACUACCAGUUCGCACUCACGCAACAAGCACAAAGGGCCGCGCGCGCGCCGGAACCCGUCAUCGCGCCCGAGCCCGUGGCACACCACAGCAGCGGCCUCUUCGCGAAGCUCUCCGAAAAAACGACCGUCGCGCCACCCGCAAAGCCCGCACCGAAGCCGCCGAGCCGCAACGACACGUGCGCUCAUGGUAUUGUAGCAUUAACGUACGCGUCGCACCCGGGCCGGGACGACCGCUUCUGUCGAAGUCUAGAGAGUGCUAUAAGAAACGGCCUGGACCUCAGAGUGCUCGGCUGGGGCGUCAAGUGGGAGGGUCUCAGUCAAAAGCUCGGAGCGGCGUUACGAGCCGUCGAGGAAUUACCGGCCGACUGCCCUGUUGUGUUCACGGACGCCUAUGAUGUGCUCUUCACGCAAGGGGAAUCAGCCAUGCGAAAGGCCUUCGACGCCAUCAAAGCUGACUUAGUGUUCUCGGCGGAAUGUGGGUGCUGGCCGCAGGUCACGAGGGAUCGGGGCAAAACGUGUCGAGACGAAUAUCCACCAUCUCCAACGCCCUACCGCUACCUAAAUAGCGGGAGUUGGGCCGGCAGAGCUUCCGUAGCUGCCAAAUUUCUCAGAGCCAUCGGCGCCGAUGCUACAUCAGUAGAUUUCCACAAAUUAAAUGACCAGGAAUUGGCCUCCGAAUUGUAUUUGAGACGGGGCUUCCCGGGCCUCCAACUAGACCACCACGCGAAAUUGUUUCAAGCGAUGCACUCCAUCAACGACGAUACGCUGGUGCCGAACUGUGAUCCCAGGCCCCACUUGCGGGAAGUAGACGGUGUGUGGCGCAACACUUUGACUGGAAGUACGCCGGCGGUCUUCCACUUCAACGGGGGCGGGAAGAGGCACCAUUUGCUGAUGGAAGCUCGGACGUGGUGGAAGCGGUGUCGGACCGCGCAGACGGUUGACGCCCUUGAGAAAGUGGCCGCCACAAAGCUCCUCUUCAACGGUGUUAGGCGGUCGUUCGGCGACGUCUGCCCCGGGCACCUGGCGAAAGCUAGGGGCGCGGCGGACCACGACUGCGACCUAAGUACAUGAUCAUU